ACAGUGGACGAGCACAAGUAAAUUAGACGUGUGAAGAGAAAUGUUGUGAUAAAAUUUACUUGUUUAAACUUCAGAGUACGGUUGACAUUUUAAAUCAAGGAAACUCAAAGUUUUCUAAGUACAUCGCUAUUACAGUUUAGGUGAAAGUAAAAAUAAAAUGUCUCAGAUAUUUGAAGAAGGAGAACAAUGUAAAAGCACCUGGCACAAUGCGAAAGCAGAGUUUGACGAAGCUGAUGAUCAUCUUGUUAUUAUGGGGAAGCCAGUGAUGGAGAGGUGGGAGACGCCCUACAUGCAUCAAUUAGCUGACAUUGCGUGCUCGAAGGGUGGGCGUGUGCUUGAAAUUGGUUUCGGCAUGGCCAUAGCUGCGAGUAGAAUGGAGACUUUCAAACUUGCUGAGCAUGUCAUCGUGGAAUGCAACGACGAAGUUUUUACGAGACUUGAAAAAUUUGCUGCUGAUGCUCCAAACAAAGUGACACCUUUAAAAGGUUUAUGGCAAGAUGUAAUUCUGACAUUAGAAGAUGGAAGUUAUGAUGGGAUCAUGUACGAUACCUACCCUCUUUCCGAAGAAACCUGGCACACUCAUCAGUUUGAAUUCAUACAGCAACAUGCGUCUCGCUUACUCAAACCAGGCGGUAUACUUACAUAUUGCAACUUAACGUCAUGGGGCGAGUUCAUGAAAGGAAAAUAUGAUGAUAUUGAAAAAAUGUUUGUCGAAACGCAGAUUCCCAAACUAAUCGAGGCUGGAUUUAAGCGUGAAAAUAUUUCAUGGAAAGUUACAGAUAUCGUUCCAGAAAAAGAAUGCCGGUACUAUAGCUACAACAAGAUGAUAGCGCCCACUGUAGUGAAAUCAUAAGUCCAGAUUAUAAAUCGUAUUUGUUGUAAAAAUAUAGUUUUUUAGAAAGCUGAUUAAGAACACCUUUUUUUCAGGCUA